UUCUGUCUCAAAUUACAGACAGGAGAUACCUUCCUGCAAAGACAAGCUAUUCCAGAAAUCCUUCACCAGUCUGAGGCGGACCACAAACAACCAACAACCUUCAGGAACUUCCUGCACAAAGCCAACUGCUUCUUUGAUACCCAAAGAGAUGAAAUCAGCUUCAGAAUUGUGUCGAACGUGUCGCCUGGAUGUCCAUUAUUCUUGGAGCGCUGUCCAUGUUAUCGGCACUUCUAUGAAGAUAGACCUGAACCGGAGCGCCCCUCCCCGCUCCAAGUUCUUCUCCGUGAAGUGCACCGUCAAUGUCCAGUACAGCAUCAGCCCCACACCUCAGGAGACGGACCACCUCUCCCCCAUCCCUCUCAAUGGAAACUCUGUGCUGCUCAUCAGCAUGAGCUCUGCCAGCCAACUUGAAAAUGAUAACAAGCUGUCUGUUCGAUACUAUGGGGAGAAUAAAGAGGUGCUGGGGAAAGCUGUUCUGCACCUGACAGCUAUUGAGAUCUCUCUGGAUGUGGAUGCCGACAGAGACGGGGUUGUGGAGAAAAACAGCACUAAUAAGGGAUCCUGGAAAUGGGGUCCUAAUGGGCACGGAGCCAUUCUUUUGGUCAACUGCGACUCAGAGCGGACCUACUGGAAGCAACCAGACAGCGAGCAGAAACGCAUCACCAAAGUGUCCGAUCUGAAGGACAUGUCUCUCAUGGUGUUGCGGACCAGAGGCCCUGCCAAGCUCCCAAAGGGCUACAAGCUCACCAUGCACAUCUCUCAGGGGGACGCGGAGAGUGUCAGAGUCUUCAGGUCCACAACUUCCGGCCUCAGGAAUAACGCCCUGCCUCACAGAAUCUAUGACUACUUUGUGAGGGACUAUCCACUGGUGCUGAGCAGUGAGGUCCUGUCCCAGGAAGUUCCUUACCUUGGAGGGGAGGCAGAGAUGAAUUUCUAUGUGGAGGGCCUGAGGUUUCCCGACAAAGACUUCGACGGGCUCAUCAGCAUCAACCUCAGUCUGUUAGAGCCCAUAUGUACGGGUAUCCCUGAGACGCCUAUCUUCACAGACACAGCAGUGUUCAGAGUGGCCCCCUGGAUCAUGACACCCAACACCCUGAAGCCUGUGGAGGUGUUUGUCUGCAGCACUGAUGAUAACUACCAGUUCCUGAAAGGAAUGAGGGACCUUGUUGCAAAGAGCGGGUAUAAACUCAAGAUUCUUCAUGAGUACGUGAACAGAGGAGAUCGCUGGAUGCAGGAUGAGCUGGAGUUUGGUUACAUCGACUCACCUCAUCACCGCUUCCCUGUUGUUCUGGAUUCCCCUCGAGAUGGAAAACUCCAGGAUUUUCCGUACAGUGAGCUCCUGGGACCCGACUUUGGCUAUGUGACGAGGGUGGCUCAAAAAAUAGACGUCAGCAGUCUGGACUCGUUUGGUAAUCUGGAGGUCAGUCCUCCUGUCACUGUGAACGGCAAAAACUACCCCCUGGGCAGAAUCAUCAUUGGUGUGGCCUUCCCUACGGCAACUAAAGGGCGUAACAUGACAAAAGUAGUUCAAGACUUCCUGUGGGCUCAGAAGGUUCAGGAGCCUGUCGCCUUGUUCUCCGACUGGCUCCUCGUUGGCCACGUAGAUGAAUUCAUGACUUUCGUUCCUGCACCUGACAGAAAGGGAUUCCGGCUGCUGCUGGCCAGCCCAGACGCAGGAUACAAACUAUUCAGAGGCUUAAAGAACGACGGACACGGACAAGCCAAACUGUUUGAGGGUCUGCGAGAAGAAGAACCAAUAACAGUGGAUGAGAUUCUUAAUGAUGAAGGUCUCCAAGCUGAAAAUAACUACGUACAGAGCUGCAUCGACUGGAACAGAGAUGUGCUGAAGAGAGAGCUGGGCCUUGAUGACGAGGACAUCAUCGAUCUGCCAAUCCUCUUCAAGCUAGUGUUGGAAGAUGAGUACAGUGAAGAGCUCAGAGCAGUGGCUUACUACCCUGACAUGGUGAACAUGAUUGUCUUGGGGAAAAACCUCGGCAUCCCAAAGCCUUUUGGCCCCAAAGUGAAUGGACGCUGUGCCCUGGAGGCUGAGAUGUGCUCCCUGAUGGAGGGCCUGGGCCUCAGCUGCACCUUCAUCGACGACUUCGCCUCCUACCACAAGCUGCUGGGGGAGGUGCACUGCGGUUCAAAUGUCCGCAGGGAGCCGUUCGACUUCAAGUGGUGGAAUCUGGAAAUGUGAAUGAAAACUGAACAGUGGGUGGAGAGGAUUAGAGACGCACAUAAAGGGGUUUAACAAUACUAGACUGUAUACAAAAACAAUAGCACCUUGACUUAACUUUAGGUUGGAGGAGGUAUUUUCUUUUCAAAGCCUUACACUUGAAACGCUACAUUUUCUUAUUUCUUAAGUGCCACUUUUUCUCCAGUAAUCUACAGCAGGCGUCAAUCUAUUAUGCAUCAUCUUUAUUAAACAUAUUUUUUAGGCUUUAUUUACAAAAAAAAAAGAUGUAAAGCAAUAUUUACAAACAUAUCUUUCGAACAAGGGCUUAAGCAGACUGUUGACAAGAACAGAAAUACAAUCAUUUGAAUCGAGCACAUAGAGGAUUCACUCCCAAUCUUGUUGUGGUUUGGAUCGGCUGUUGGCGUACAGUGCAAGCACAGUUAGAUGAAUGGUACCACAUAGUGAUGUGCGAUAAUAACACAGAGCCACAAGAGGGCGUACUUCAUCUAC